AAUGAGCAGAUUUUGACUAAACGGACUGAUGUUGAAACAUAUUAUGCUUUGGAUCGAUCGAAAUUCGUUAUUACACGAGGGACAAAGUGUCCGUAUGGACACGAACUAUACCCGGAUGACAAAUGGAAAAUGAUAUGUGUUCCGUGUCGCAGGGAUACGUCGUUUACAUUGGUUGGUCAGCAUAAAUGGCGCUGCAUUCGAACACUGAGGAGAAUGAAAGCGAGAAAUAAAGUCAACAGCCGUCUGUUGAGCAAGCCGCAAGCUGCAAUCAAAGACUACGACAUGGCUGAGUCUAUAUUCGACACUCCUGAGGAGGACUAGGGAAUAGAACUAUAAAUACGUUUAAAUACCAAUUUAUAGAGAGAAUCAGAUAUAUCGAACAAAAAUUGUUUUUUCAAUUUUAGAAUAUGUUUGACUCAUAUCAUUCCUUGUCAUGUCUAUUUUCUAAGAAUCUCCAAAGUAG